ACGACCUCAUUUUCGUACAAGCACCUUUGACAUGUAAACAAGAUCAGGUUAAACAGCUGCUUUGUUGUGCGUCGAAAAUUGUAGCAGAUUCUAGCCCAAGAAAAAUCUUAGAUGGAGAAAUUUGCAGAUUUAUCUUCUCUCCUGUGGAUAUAGGUUGCUAGAAAUCGAGAAAAAAUCCGUGUAAAAGAAACCUUGUGGCUCAAAAUUCAAUCCUGCAGAAAUUCAGCGCCAAUUCAGUUCCAUCUGAAAAAAUGUCGAAGGAGAAGAUGAACGUGAGCACUGUCAGGUGACUCAUUUCGCCUGUUUCAAAUUCCUGCUUGUCAAGUAGGCCUGUAUCGAAAAAUGGACUCAAUCGCCUUAAAUUGUACUCUUGUUUACAAUGAUAAAGAUUAUCGUGUUCUUUUGACAAACACGCACAUCAUCUGGUACCCAGACUGUAAUGGAGAAUUGCGUACGACACAUGAAGGAACAGAUAAAUCAUUUCACAAAGUUCUCUUGGAGGAGUUGGUUGCUAUAACAUACGAAGAUACCCAUGAUAGAAAUAAAAAAGACUCUCAAAGCAAUGAGAUUGAAUUGUUCCCAAGAAGCAAUUUUGCUAUUCACUAUGUUUCAAAAUGCAAAAAUCACAAGUGGAAGUGCAAAAAGACUGUGUUUCAUUGCAAUGAUUCCACUGACUGUCAGAAAUGGGUUGAAAUUUUGAGGAAAAUCAUUGGAAGUUUUGAGAGGCCAAGAAAACUGUUGAUUUUUAUCAACCCUGUUGGAGGCAAAAAACAGGCAAAUAAAAUCUUCAAUGAAAGAGUUAGGCCAUUGUUCACAUUAGCAAACAUCAAGCAAGAUGUCAUUGUUACCGAAAGGGCAAAUCAUGCACAAAGCUACAUAAUUUCAACAAAUUUAAGUGACUAUGAUGGAAUAAUUGCUGUUGGAGGCGAUGGAAUGUUCAGUGAAAUUCUUAAUGGAGUUCUUGCUGCCAGAAAUCAAAUAUUUGAAGGCAGUGUUACUAACCAAGUUAUAAAGCUUGGUAUUAUACCAGCAGGCUCGACAGAUACUAUUGUCUUUUGCACUUCUGGUAUCAACGACCCGACAACGUCAGCACUGCAAAUAAUUAUAGGUGACCAGUUAUCUCUUGACGUGUGCUCUGUAUGGCAUGAAAACAAAUUCUUGAAAUACUCAAUAUCGCUAAUGGGUUAUGGUUUCUUUGGUGACGUCAUUAGAAAUAGCGAGCAAUUGCGGUGGAUGGGGCCACGAAGAUAUGAUCUUGCUGGCUUUCGGAGUUUCAUGGCAAACAAGUCAUAUGGAGGUGAAAUUACUUAUCUGCCAGCAGAAGAUGCAGAUCCAUUAAAGAGGCAACGAUGUUUAGCCGGGUGCACCAGGUGUGCCGAAAAAGAUGUGAAUAAAACAGAUUCAAGUUCGAAUUCAUGGAAGACUGUUAAAGGACAGUUUAUCAGCGUAAUAGGAGCAAACAUAACCUGCAAAUGUGCAAAAAGUCUUGAUGGAAUAUCUCCCUACGCUCACUUAGGAGAUGGUUUAUUCGAUCUCAUUCUUAUUAGAAAGACUUCAAGAAUGCAGUAUUUAAGACAUAUGCUAAGGAUUGCAAACAGAGGUGAUCUGUUUGGAUUUGAUUUUAUAGACGUUUUUAGAGUUAAAGAAUUCAAGUUUAGGCCAGUUAAUUCUGUAUCGGACGAUUUGGCGAACUUCAGUCAAGAUUUGUCUGACAACCAAAAUGGCGAACUGGUACAAAGCACGUCUGGUUCUGCUGAGAGCAGAAAUAGCAGAAACAGAGAGAGUGUAUGGAACAUCGAUGGGGAACUUGUUGAACAAGCAAAUCUCCAUGUAAAGAGUCAUCGUAAACUUGUUACAAUAUUUGCAAGAGGAAUAGAAGAGAUUGAAGAAACUGUCACCUGUAGGUCGUGCAGAACAACGAGCCUUGUUGAAUCUUGAUAAACGAGUCAAGUUUUAGACUUAAUAGGACAAAUGUUUCCCAACGACAAGCGACAAAACACCUCAGGUGAAUUGAUUAUUCAAAAUUAAUUUAAAUAUCGUCGUUUUAAUGUACAUCUCAGCUUACGAAUAUUUCCUCUAGUGUUAUUCACAAUAUAUAUAUUUCAUUAAAUGGAAGCUUAACCAAGAAUAAAAUCAAAAUGCCUCAGGUGAAUUCACUAUUCGAAAUUAAUUUCAAUAUCGUCGUUUUAAUGUACAUCUCAGCUUACGAAUAUUUCCUCUAGUGUUAUUCACAAUAUAUAUAUUUCAUUAAAUGGAAGCUUAACCAAGAAUAAAAUCAAAAUGCCUCAGGUGAAUUCACUAUUCGAAAUUAAUUUCAAUAUCGUCGUUUUAAUGUACAUCUCAGCUUACGAAUAUUUCCUCUAGUGUUAUUCACAAUAUAUAUAUUUCAUUAAAUGGAAGCUUAACCAAGAAUAAAAUCAAAAUGCCUCAGGUGAAUUCACUAUUCGAAAUUAAUUUCAAUAUCGUCGUUUUAAUGUACAUCUCAGCUUACGAAUAUUUCCUCUAGUGUUAUUCACAAUAUAUAUAUUUCAUUAAAUGGAAGCUUAACCAAGAAUAAAAUCAAAAUGCCUCAGGUGAAUUCACUAUUCGAAAUUAAUUUCAAUAUCGUCGUUUUAAUGUACAUCUCAGCUUACGAAUAUUUCCUCUAGUGUUAUUCACAAAUAUUUUUAGUUUGAAUGUAUAGCAAGAUUGGAGUUUAGUGAACCAUAAUCAUCAUCGCCGGAUACGAUGUUGAACCGAGUGUGUAUGUUGUUUUCAUAUUACAGAGUAUAGUGUGAGUAAAAUAUCAUUAACAAUUGUUUGUUUUGCAUU